GAGAAUGGUGAAGAGAGGGAGAGGAGAGAGAAUGGCGACGAGAGAGCGCGCAAAUGGCGAAGAGAGAGAGUAUUGAUGGCGAAGUAGUUUGUGCAUGGAGGAGCCAAGAUAACGGCGAAUUUGAAACCACAGCUGGCUCUCUCUCUCUAACUCUCUCGUCUCCACAUUGGGAGCUCCGCCUCCUUACACGACAACAACUGGUCUGCAUGUAAAGGACUGAACUCCAUCUACUUUUAGAAAAUAGACUGCUAAGUUCCCUUCGUGUUAGAGGGCAGCUUUUGCAAAUACAAUGAGUCCAUAUCUUGUUGGUAUCUUUGUGCCUCUUCUUUUUUCUAUUGCAUUAGAAAAUGUGAGAAAGAAAAAGAAGAGGGGUUUGCCUGUUGAUGUUGGGGGAGAACCUGGUUAUGCAAUUCGGAACUACCGCUUUCCUUCUCCAGUGGAAACAAUUGGGAAAGGAGUUUCUACAAUAGCUGAUCUCUUUGAGAAAUCAUGCACAAAGUAUGCAAAUAAGCGAUUAUUGGGGUCUCGCAAGCUCAUUGCAAGGGAGACUGAAGUCAGUGAAGAUGGCAGGUCUUUUGAAAAGCUUCAUUUGGGUAGCUAUGAAUGGCUAAGCUAUGCUGAAGCUUUUGAGCGUGUGUGCAACUUCUCGUCUGGUUUACUACAGCUUGGCCAUGGUAAGCAGGAGCGUGCUGCAAUCUUUGCUGAGACACAAUCAGAGUGGCUCAUUGCCUUGCAGGGGUGCUUCAGACGCAACGUCACAGUCGUCACUAUCUAUGCUUCACUGGGGGAGGAGGCUCUUGCCCAUUCACUAAAUGAGACGGAGGUUUCAACAGUAAUAUGUGGACACAAAGAGCUUAAAAAGAUAAUUGAUAUAAGUGGACAACUUGACACAGUUAAGCGUGUUGUCUACAUAGAAGAUGGAGCCUUCUCAGCUGACGUUGCCUUGCCUGGGAAUAGUUCUAGUUGGGCUGUUACAUCCUUUCUUGAUGUAGAAAAAUUAGGCCGAGAGAAUCCCAUUGAUGCAGAGUUACCAGUCUCUGCUGAUGUUGCAGUAAUAAUGUAUACAAGUGGUAGUACUGGUUUGCCAAAGGGAGUCAUGAUGACUCAUGGAAAUGUCCUAGCAACAGUUGCUGCUGUGAUGACCAUUGUUCCAGGCCUUGGCAGCAAAGAUGUUUAUUUGGCAUACCUACCUCUGGCUCAUAUACUUGAAUUGGCAGCUGAGGCAAUAAUGGUUGCAGCCGGAAGUUCAAUAGGAUAUGGAUCACCUCUUACACUAACUGAUACAUCAAACAAGAUCAAGAAGGGAACAAAGGGCGAUGCCUCUGCGUUGGGGCCAACACUUAUGACUGCUGUACCGGCAAUCCUGGAUCGUGUUCGAGAUGGUGUAAGGAAAAAGGUUGACACAAAAGGUGGGAUAUCAAAGAUUCUAUUUGACAUUGCAUAUAGUCGUAGAUUAUCUGCAAUAAAUGGAAGUUGGUUUGGCGCAUGGGGACUAGAGAAACUUCUAUGGACUAUAGUUGUUUUUAGAAAGGUUCGAGCAGUUUUAGGAGGCCACAUCCGGUUCUUGCUUUCUGGAGGUGCUCCCCUUUCUGGAGAAACGCAGAGGUUUAUAAACAUAUGCCUUGGGGCUCCGAUUGGCCAAGGGUAUGGACUUACUGAGACUUGUGCUGGUGGGACAUUUUCUGAGUAUGAUGAUCCAUCUGUUGGUCGUGUUGGUGCUCCACUUCCAUGCUCCUUCAUUAAGUUGAUUGAUUGGCCAGAAGGUGGAUAUUUGACAUCAGAUUCACCAAUGCCACGUGGGGAGAUAGUCAUCGGGGGUCCAAAUGUUACUCUCGGAUAUUUUAAGAACAAAGAGAAAACAGAUGAAGUUUAUAAGGUAGAUGAGAGGGGAAUGAGGUGGUUUUAUAGUGGUGACAUUGGGCGGUUUCACCCUGAUGGCUGCCUUGAGAUUAUUGACCGCAAAAAAGAUAUAGUGAAACUUCAACAUGGAGAAUACGUUUCUCUAGGAAAGGUUGAAGCCGCCCUGAUUGUGAGUCCUUGUGUCGACAACAUCAUGCUGCAUGCUGAUCCAUUUCACAGUUACUGUGUGGCUCUAGUGGUUCCAUCUCCUCAUGCUCUAGAAAACUGGGCACAAAAGCAAGGAAUCACUUAUAAUGAUUUUGCUGAAUUGUGUGAGAAAGAGGAGACCACCAAAGAAGUUUAUGGUUCCCUAGUAAAGGCUGCCAAGAAUGCUCACCUUCAGAAGUUUGAGGUCCCUGCAAAGAUCAAGUUGCUUCCAGAUCCAUGGACACCAGAAUCCGGCUUGGUCACUGCAGCUCUCAAGCUCAAAAGAGAAGCCAUCAAGAAGGCCUUCGCAGAGGAUCUUUCUAGUUUAUAUGCAUGAACUAAGAAUGAUAUUUAAUGGAUCCCAUUGGCCUGCAAAUUUUCCAGGUAGAUAUCUUGUAUCUUCAUGAUAUGCGACAUAUUCCAUUGGUAUGCAUAUUACCACUUGCAUUACUGGUGAUAACAAACGGCAUAUUCCAUGGAUCUCAUUUGUUAAAAUUUCUCAAAAUAAAUUAUUCUCGAGUAUUUCACAGUAA